UUUGGUAUCAAACCAACUCACCACCCUUGAUACCAUGAGCUACUAUGGCAGCUACUAUGGAGGCUACGGCUAUGGAGGCUUCAGUGGCCCAAGCUGUGGCUAUGGAGGUUAUGGAAAUGGCUCUGGCUGUGGAAGCUUCAGAUAUGGCUACUGUUGCCCAUCAUUUUAUGGAGGCUAUGGCUUCCCUGCCUUCUACUAAAAACUUACACAUUCUCAUGUUGUUACAAUAUCUGUUCUCUUGCCCAUAUGCUUCAGUAAUAUGAAUGCUUUUCUCAGGGUAGAGAAAAUAUAAUUUGUGGACUCAUUUUCCAAAAGGAGGUAGCCAUCCAAUAUUCUAGAACCCAGUAUCUUUCCAUUGAAUCAGGGUUUCACCUAUUAAUAUUUAGUAAUAUCUGUUGUAACCAUG